UAACUCUCGAGUCUUCUUCUUUUUCUCUCUUCAUUCAUACAUCCGGGCAGCUUCAAAUUGGAUCCACUAACCUAACCUUGAGAGAGAAAAAUAUAUCAGAAUGGGAGCUUGUGCCACGAAACUCAGAGAACCCAAAGACGACGAUGGCGCCGCUGCUCCUCUCCCGGAACCAACAUCUCCGAAGAAGGAAGCAACUGCCGGCGCCGGAGACGUGAAAGAAGUGAUUGAAGCCGGAGGUGAAUCAAAGGCUGAAAUAGAUGUCGAUGAACAAGGAGACAAAUCUCGAUCUCUCAGUAAUCUGUUCAAGGAAAAAGAGGGGAAAGAGGAGAUAUUAAAUGCAGAAAUAGAAAAUGAAGAAAAUCUAAAUGAUGAACAAGUGAAGAAGGUAGUUGUGGUGGAAGAGUCCGAAAUUCCACUAGAGAAGAAGAAGAACAAGGAUGAAGAAACCAUUAACGAAGAGAUCAAGUUCCAGAAAUCUUAAAAGAAGAAGAUGAUGAUGAACCAGUACUGUUUGAUUUUUGGGUUUCUUUACUUUUUGUUGUUUGAUUUUGAGUGAUUUUAAUUUGUUGGAUAUAUGUACUUCUGAUGAAGAGUAUUUAUUAAGUAUAAUAGAAUC